ACAUACCAUACCACGUGCCGUCUACUUGGAAGAGUUAACUUUUCCCCGCUCUGGAGAAACGAACCAACGAACGGGAGUCGAUCGGUGCAAAGUGAGAGGACAGAAGUUACAAUAUCGCGGGUACCGGUCUCUCCUCGACCUCUCUUACGGUGUACCUUGCACCACAUUCGGGUGUUACAACGAUUAUCGUUUUAUUGUAUGAAAUUUAUAUCAAGUCUUGGCGAAAAAAACAGGGAAGAAAUCAAUGACUGGAAUAUAAUACCGUGUUCAGUUUCAAAUCCUACCGAACACACGUAGAAUAGCAUCGAAAUAUUAUAUACAUAUAUCUGGUAUAUCGGAUACAAGCAUGGACGACAUUCCGAUUCGGUACAUUUUGAGUAACGGUUGCUACCGUGGACUUGCGAGAUGUUAUCACCGCAAAUUCAACUGGUAAAGUGGACAGUCCCAGCAUUUGCCCUAAUCCUAGGGCUCUUGUGGUACAAACGUCGCAGAGCCGACAGAGCUGACCCUGGUGGAAAGAGCGAUUCAAAAGCGAAUUGCCAUUCGAUAAAGACAAGUGCUAGUCAGAAUCCUAAUGACUCAGGCUUCCACUUUGACGACUCUUUUGCAUCAUCAUCAUCGAUACCUAUGAGAGUAGAGGUCGCAUGCAGCCCUCGUCAGGUCAGCGAGAGUCUUGAUAUUCCGCAACGAAAACCAGCCGUUAAUUUAUCUGUCACUCCGAUUACAUCUCUGGCAAGUAGUGGACCUGACGCUUGGUACAAAGACGUCGAAAUGACGGCUGAAAUUGAAGAAGUUGUUGAUUCGCAAAAACCCAUAGUUCAAGAACCACCUGUGGUUAAGCAGAUUUCUUUGCCGAAAAGCAAGUCAAAAUCACCAUAUGAAACAGCUAGAACUUCUGUUAAGAAUCAGAUAUCAAAGAUGUUAGAUCACUCAGAAGAAACAGCUAAACCUGAGGCUAUAAUUCAUGAGAUAAAAAUUCAGGAUAGAGCUGGCUCAGAAAGAGAUUCGGCAAAUCACAGCCCAGUCUCUGGGGUUUUAGAUGGGAGUGUGAGCGAUGAGGCCAGCAGCGAGGGAAGUAGUGACAGUGGAAAAGGUGGAAGUAUAAAAGGGAAUGGUCAAACAGUCUAUGAGUUUGUACUGCCUCAAAGUUUGAUAGGUCGUCUCAUAGGACGUCAUGGAGUAUUUUUGCACAGUGUAAAGUCAAAGGGUCAAGUGAAUAUACUGAUAAAACGUCAUCCUGAAACUAACAAAAUGAAGGUGUGUGCCAUUGAAGGAUCUCAGAAGGGGAUUCACACCGCUUUAGAAAUGAUAAGGCAAAAGUUUCCGGAAAACAAAUAUCCAUCGGUUACAUUGGAACAAGUAACUUUCCUACAAAAACCUGAGGAAACUCCAUGGGUACCGGAAGUAAUGCAGCUCAAACUUGUUGAGGGUUUAAACAACGAUGUAACAGUUAUAAAUGUCAUGGAACCAAAUCAUCUAUUCCUUCACCUACCUACCCAUCCCUCGUAUCCGUCGUUACGUAUUUUAGAUCAGAACAUGACAUUGCUUUACAACACUGCAGCAGAUGCACCUUCCAUUCCCGAUCAGCUCGAGAAGGGCAUGAUAUUUGUGGGUAAAUGGUACGACAGAUGGGUUAGAGUUUAUAUCCAGAAACCAGAUCCCCAAGGAGAAAAGAAUUUAGUCCGACUGAUAGACCACGGCGGAUUUUGGUACUUUAAAAAUUCUGAGAUGAGGAAAAUCAGAUACGAUUACCUCACUCUACCUUUCCAAGCCAUUGAAGUAUUCCUGGCAAAUAUUCAACCAAAAAAUGGUACUUGGGUGCCCGAAGCGUACUCCUUGGUAUGUCAAAUAACACAAGGAAUUGUAGUUCAAGCGCAGAUACACAGCUACGUCGAUCGUGACACUCACGUUAACCUUUACCUGAACAUACAAAAACACGGAGUAAUAUCCUUAGCCGAUGAAUUGGUGGCGCGUGGCUAUGCUGAGCGGGUACAACUGGAGGAGAUGUAGAAAGUUCAACUGUGAGUGAAGCUAUGUGAGCAUAUUUUCCACAAUAUUAGAAAUUAAACGUAAGUGGAAACUAGCAGAAUUAUAAACAGCAGCAGCAGACAUUGUAUGUGAUAGUGGUCCCCGAGUGCAUGGACGCUGUUUUUCUUAUUUUUUUUUUUUUGUGGACCAAAAACUGUUUGCAGUAUCUCUAUAAAAAACAAAAGUAAAAAACAUAAGUAAACUACCGUCACUUUAACCAGUAACCGUGAAUUAAAUCACAUUUUACAUACGCUGUGCCAAUCGAGUAGAAUUUUUGAUAAUUUCAUACUUUCGUAAUUGAGAUCAUACGCCUCUACUUUUUUGAUAUAACUCUUACAAUAACAGAAGAAGAGAAAAAGAAGAAUCGUUUUUCAAGAUCGCGUUAGCUGCAAUAUUCCGAAAUCAUCUGAUUACAGAGAAAUAUUUAUUCUACUCUGGCAAUUUUAUCUCGUCACAUGAAUAUUUGGGAAUUCCUUUUUUUUAGCGGUAACAAAGCGAGAAAAAAAGGAAAAACACGAAAGGAAACCUCCAUUCAGAAGCAUGAUUAAUCUAUUUUCAAGUUCGUUUAAACUACGACAUUUCAUGUUAUAUUCACAUUGAUAUUCUCUAACUCUGCAUUUUCUUUCAAUAACCGAAGAGUACAAAAAUAGAUUUCAACAGAUUAUCUUUUGCUAUUAUUCAAGAUCAUACGUAUCUACAUGUACCUAGUAUAUUUUAAUCGAAUUUGUGAAUUAAGAUCUAUAUUAGUUUGUAAUCAUAAAUAUGUAUAUUAGUACUCAUAAUUGAUAAUAAAUAAUUAUCCAAGAGGUUAACAAAAUAAUGCGGUUAAUAAGAAAUGUCGUUUAAUCAUGGAGGUUUUUUUCGUAAUUUCCUUUUUUUUCUGUUUUUUUUUUUAUCAACUCGUAGUUUUGUAUAGUUCCAUCAAAAAACUUAUCAUCUCUAUUUGCUCUGUAUAUAAUGUAAGAUCUCCGAUAUACAUUUCUAAUUUAUGAUGUACCUAUAUAAUAUAAAAUAACGAUAAUAACUAUAACUUUAGAAUUACGAUCAUAAUUACAAUUUUUCAAGUCUAUGCUUAACUAGUGCAGAUUCUAAUGACUACAUAUAACAAAGAACGUACAUUGAUCAUAAAAAAAUAACAUUUAAAAAAGCAACAAAAGCCGACAAAGAUAGAGACCCAAUAAAGAAGAAAUUGAAAAAAAGGUGAAUAAUAAUAUAUACGUGUUCUAUUCUUAAAAUAAAUUAAAAAAUAAAUCGAUGAUAAUAAAUGAAAAUAUAAAAAAUAGUCAUGAUAUGUUUUCUGUAAACGGAGAGUAUAUAGUGAGACUUUGGAAAAUCGCACUUUACCUCUUAUACAGUUCAACAAUUAUGUGUAUUUUCGGAGUUCUUUUUACCUGGGAAUAGUGUACAUGAAAAAACAAAAAACAAAAAAAAAAAAAAACUAAAAUAAAAAGGGGGAAAAAGAUUUGUUCAUAAACACGUUAACUGUUUUCUAGUUACAUUUAAUAUCUUUAAUAGACUUGAAACUUCAGUAAACAGCUAUGCUGCCAUAAUAUUCUCCGUUUUGAAUAAUUUAAAUACGAUAUAAAAUAGAUGAUAAAAAAAUGCAAAGGCCACAAAAGCUGGAGAAAUAUAAGUGAAGUAUAAAAUUUGUGGUCUCGAACGAAUAACUGAUAUAAAGCAUAAUCCAGGAUCGUUCAUGUUAUACUUCUUCGUAUUACUUUCGUUUUCUAUUGUGAAAAAAAAAUAAUGAAUAAUAGUUAUAAUGAUACCUUAAUAAACAUCGAAACAAUCCGCGUUGUGUAAUCACAUUUUUUCGGUUAAUUGAUUAGUUUUAUAAAUAUAAUAAUUAAUAAUGAUAUCUAAUUACUCGUUUUCUCCGUGAUAUGUUUAUUGAAUAUGUAUAUUACUUAUGUUUCGUAAUCGCGCGUUUUGUAUACGAUUGUAAAAAAUAAUAUCGUUGCUUUUUGUUUUCUUUAAUUUAAUAAUCCCGGGUUUAAACAGAAUAUUGAAAAGAUUGAUAAUCGUAAUGUUUAUUACUAUAUAUCUAUAACUAUGAUAUGAUAUAUCGCUUGGUCGCCAGAAAAGAAAAAAAAAAGUCAUCGCCGAAAUCCGCGUGAAACGUUUUUUUUUCUCAUCAGCUUAUUAUUCGUGCAGGCCAAGAGCGAUACUCGCGUUUAUAAUCAUAAUUUAUGUAAUAUAUGAUAUUCGGGUCGUUUUCUAGUUAUAAUAUAAAUCGGAAAAAAAAACUAAAAAGAAAAAGUCAGUUUAUGUAAAUAUUUAUUUGUAUUUGUUUUUUUUUUUUUUUACCGCGUAAUCAAGUUUUCCGUCAUCAUGCCGUUAAUAAUAAAACUCGUGUAAGAACUUCGGAUUUCUUGAAAAACUGGCUAAAAAACUUGAUAACGAUAAUAAAUACAACGAUUUCGAA